AUGGAGAAUAAUAAAAAUCAGAAUAAACAUUUUGGUAAUGAAAUGUCCUUAAAAAAAUUUGAAAGAACAUAUAAAGAAUUGGUUUAUGAAUUAAAUUGGAAACGCCAUUUAGUAACCAAGUAUGAACAAGAUUUACAAAAUGCAUUAUUAAAACAACGUGAAUUAGAAAGAGAUUUCGAUACUGAACGAAAACUAUUAGAGCAAAAAAUUCAGGAAGUAGAAACUUUAAAAAAAAAAUUAGGAUCUAUAGAAAAAGAAUGUUAUGAAACAUCUGAAAAAGCAUCCAGGACCUCUGUUCACUUGGAAAUAGUUGAGAAAGAAAAUAAAUUAUUACAAGCACAAAACUAUAAGUUGAAUGCAGAAAACACAUCAAAAACAAGUAAAAUUGAAGAACUUGAAAAUCGUAUACAAUGUUUAUUGCAGUGUGAAAAAGAUCUAAAUGAUAAUUUAAUCUCAUUUCGUCAAACCAUUACAAAUCUUGAUAGAUAUUCGGAACAAAUAAAAAUCGACCAUGAUAGAAUAAGAAAAUUGGUAAAUAGUAAAGAAGAGUCCCUAAAAAAAUUAGAAAUAAGUUCGAAUCUAAGAUGCUCAACAUAUUUACAAGCUCGAGCUGAAGUUGAUAAACUCCAAAAUGAGUGUAAUUUGUUAAAAGCUGAGUUAGAUGAAGAACGAUUGAAAACAGCAAAUAAAACUAAUUUGAAAUCCGAUAAUUACUCUAAAAAUGUCAUUGCAGAGUUGAAUUUAGUAUCAGAGUUACGUGAGGAUUUACAAGCUGAACGUUCUAUAAGUGCGAAAUUAAAUGAAGUUAUUGAUCAUUUAACAAAAGAAUUGUUAAAAGUACAUCAGCAAAAAAAUAUGGUACAAGAUAAAAUGACCAUUGGUACGCAAACCGAUUCAUAA